GUAUGAAGUGGCUGUUUUUGGUGGCUCUUUUGGGCCUUUUAGUUGCACUUUUUGGUGGAUCCGCAGAGGCUACAUAUUGUCCAUGCAACCUCAUGAAGGCGGAAGUGUGUGGCACCAAUGGGAUCACCUACAAAAAUCGAUGUCUUUUUGAGUGCACACAGCGAAUGUACAGGAAACUCGGAAGAACUCUUAACAUCCGCAAACAGGGCUCUUGCUAAAAUAUGUUUUGUUGUUUCUGACUAAGAAAAUACUUUUAAUGUGACUAAAAGUAACCAAAGUGAUUGCCCAAUAAAAUUAUCAGCAACUGUUUUUUCUUGUUUCUUCAAAACACAUUUGCAGUUGUCUAAAUUGAAGAUUGUUGUUUGAGUGUAAACAAGGUUAAUUGUGCUAAUUGUACUGUUCUGUUCAUUCGGCAUUCUUGAAGAAUGAAUUAUUAUGUAAACGGUUGAGAUUUUUAAAGCUUGGUUAACCUUUGAGCAUUUGUAGCACUCGAUGAUUUAUAUACAUUAUUUGAAAACAUAUUAUAGUAUUAUUGCAAUGGCUUUUUCAUUUACUUUUUAAAUCAAAUUGACUUAGUUAAUUACUGAAAGUGUGUUAUGUAAGUCGUACUUAGAAAAAGCUUUCUGUUCUGAUUAAAAAUCUGUUUCUCGACGAGGCGCAUCGAAGUGUAUUAUGUGCAAAUAACGCCAUUCAAUGCUAAUUAAAAGCUGUGCCAACUGCGUCAUCCUCACAGUAAAUCAAUUUCUGGCUUUCGGGCGGAGCUCGUUUCAUUGACACUUCGGGAGGGACUGUAACUCGAAGGCGAUUUCGGCAGCGUUUAAACAGUCUCCUCACGCACAUCAAUCAAAUUUAUGCAUAAUUAAUCGUUGCCAGCAGCGAUUCGCUUUCCUCGUGGAUUUGCCGAUGGUUCGACCGUGAUUUAUUAACUCUGUGCAGCGACUUGACUAAUUGAAUCCCGAUACGUGCCACACAAACUUCGCAAUCGGGUGCAGACAAAGCCCCUUGUUCCGACCCGGCUAAUUCAGUAGGCCAAGUAAUAACAAGACCAGCAGCAAGUCUAAUAAAGCCAAUGGCUAACAUUUAUGGGAUCAGAACAACGAGCUACCGUUUGUUUUUAUGACAGGAAGCUGACAGCUGCAGCCCAGAAUUUGCACGCCUGAGCGUUAUUAAAAAGAUAAUAAUGAACGGGUUGAAUCACGACACUAAAUGAGGUUUAUCUUGGGGGAGGGAAGAGGAGUUCGAGCAGACUUAUCCGAAUCAGAGAUUACUUCAUCCCAUGAGACAAACAAGAUGUGUCAUGACAAACAACAUAGAUUUUUGGUUUUGAUAAGAAAUUUAGUAAGAAGAAAAAAAUAAGUGUCAUAAAAAGAAAAUUAUAAGGGGCUAAAUCAUUAUAGUAUAAUCUAAGCUAAACAAUUUCAAAACAUAAUUUUAGAACGAAGUACAAAAAAUAAAUUGAAUUUUUUAUAAACAAGUUAAUAGGUUUUGUUUUUAUAAACUAAAACUUAUGGAUAUUAAUUUUAAAAACAAUAUUGUUGACUUCAUGUUUGCUUAUCCGCUUCAAUAAAAAAGUCUUUUAUAAA